AUGGAGGGCGGCCCAGAGCAACUGCAUCUGAACAAGGCAAUAGGGGAGGCAGGGGAUGGGCAAGCCUUGGCUGAAAUCCAGGAGUUGGCUCUGAAGUGGUUCAUGGAGACACAGGCACCCUCUAUCCUGCAGAAUGGAGCUCUGCCCCCCUGGUUUCAUGGAUUCAUCACCCGAAAGCAGACAGAGCAGCUACUCAGGGACAAAGCUCUCGGUUCCUUCCUUGUCCGCCUCAGUGACCGGGCCGUCGGCUACAUCUUGUCUUACAGGGGUAGUGAUCGCUGCCGUCAUUUUGUCAUCAACCAGCUCCGAAAUCGACGCUACCUUGUCUCAGGAGACACCCUCAGCCACAGCACUCUGGAUGAGCUCUUACGCCAUUACCAGGAGGUGCAGAUUGAGCCUUUUGGGGAGACCCUUGCUGCUGCUUGCCCACGGCUAGAGGAAAAUGACCUGUAUGAUGCUGUCAACACGGGCCUCCAGCAGACUAAUCUGGAAAAUCCAGCUGCCAUGGAAUUUCCCACUGUGGUUGCUGACAAGACCACCAGCCCCCGCCUUCCUUCAAAGCCUCAGGUCUCCUUCCUGCACACCAAGAAAGGCCUAGAUGUGAGAUCCUGGACUCUCUCAAAAGAGGAGAGUGUGGAGGCACCCACUAGAGUGCCUCCUAUUCCUCAGAGAAGUCCCUCUCUCCUGGAUGAGCCUUCUGCAGGCCCCAGUGACAUCGUUUAUGCAGACCUGAAGAAGAUGAACCGGGCACAGCAAGGCCUGGGCACAGAGAUGUGUGACAGGCACAGGCUAGCUCCAGCUGGCACCCUGGCUCAUUCCCCAGGCAGGAAACCCUCAAAGAAACUCUCAGAUGAAGACCAGAACAACCCCAAUAUCCCAGAGCCUGCUCCAUCUGGGGUGAAGACAGACCAGAAUGCUACCACGCCUUACACUUCCUUAGGAUUUCCCCUGCCCCCUAAUUCUGAGGCCCUGGGGUCACAGCCUACUACUUGGAGACAGGGGUUUCUAAAGUUGAGCCACGAGGCUCAGUCCUCCUCUGAGGCCAGCUCUAUAGAUACCUACCAGCUUGUUGGGACAGCAGGCCUACGACAGGAGGGUAGGGACAGACCAAACCAAGGAGGCAGUACUUACGAGCAGAUUCCAACCUGCUGGCGUGUCACUGCCAAGCUCCCAUACCCUGGAGUCAAUCCCACAUACAGCCAACUAUCAGAGCCCAUGGACUGUGGCUAUGAGAAGAUCAUGGAGACCUCUCAGCUCCCAGAGCCAGGGAACACCUAUGAGCAAAUCCCAGCCUCCAAGAACAAGGACACUGGACGGGUGAACAAGCCUGACAAGUUCCGGAGGUUCUUCUUCACAGACAAGAGGCACAAAUUCUGAGGGAGGCCUGGCAUCCAGAGGGUGUCCUGGUACCCAGGCUACACCUGGGAUUACUGGAUACCCUCAGUUCACCUGAAGACGUCCUACCACUGUGGAACCAGGCUCUGGGAUACAGCCAGGAUACCUCCUGGGAAGACAUGGGAGAGACUUUGCCACAGCCUGCAACUCCUGGAUAUGUCCUCAAUGCUGUCCAUCCACACAGUGAAGGAAAUAAAGCCAGCAAGAGUGAGGAGGAUCUAAAGGCAGAGUUGGGUGAACAUGAAGAGGCCUGGGCUGGUGAACAUGUGGAGCUGUCUCACACCUCAGGUGCCUAACAAGCGUGUGGUGGGCCCCUUGCAAGACAGUCUUCCAACUGGCUAAACGACAUCAUGCUAUUACUUCUGAGAACAACACCAGUUCCCUUCCUCAUGGUGGUCUUGCUGGGUGAUAGGAGAAGGCCAGGAGCCACCUCCUCUGUACCUGCCCUAGGAGGAUUAGAGAAAGAGGCUGAGUCCAGCCAAGGUUCAGCCUCAAAAGCCCUGGCUGACCCCGACAGCAGGCUGAGAACUUCCCCUAGUCUUCCUGCCCAGCUUCUCCAUCUUUAUCCUAGCCUCACUACGCAGGCUCCUAGCUUGUGCUACAGAUGAAGAGACUGAGACCACAACUCAUUUGAGGACAUAGCUGGUGAGGGCCUGAGCAGAGAGCCCGAGCAUGGGAUGCACUGCUGGGUAUCAUCUGGAGUCGGCCUAUGUGAGCAAGUCACCCCUGCCUGCCCUCUGCCUCCAGCCAAUCCUGACCUGUGGAUCAACCCAGAUUCCUCCAUGAAACCCAUCAGCCUAGUGGUUUUCCCUGCAGAGAGGUCCAGAUCUCUACCUGCAACCCAUUAGCACCUGACAGGGAGGGCAAUGCUCCACCCCCCCCACCCCCACCCCAACCCCCCCACCCCCUCCUAAGACUUCCUGGACUGUCUGAAA